GAGGCGCGGGCCGCGGGCCAUGCCACGGGCGGGACCCCCCGGCGGCGGGGGCGGCGGCCCACCACAGCGUCGCCGCGUGGCCCUCGGGGUCUCCGUCCUCCUCCUCGUCGACGUCAUCUGGGUGGCCUCGUCCGAACUCACCUCGUACGUGUUCAGUCAGUACAACAAGCCGUUCUUCAGCACCUUCGCCAAGACGUCCAUGUUCGUCCUCUACCUCGUGGGCUUCGCGGUGUGGAGGCCGUGGCGGAGGCAGUGUACGCGCCGAUCCCACGCCGGGCCCGGGGCUCUGCUUGCAGAUGCCGAGGGCUACUUUGCCACCUACGGCGGAGACACCGCGGCCAACGGCUCCCUGAGCGAACCCCUCUACGUCCCCGUCAGAUUUCACGACCUGCCCGGGGGAAAGCCCGACGCGGCCAAGAGCGACGCGGAAACGACCGCCAAAAAGUCCCGGGUGCGGUUCAGCAACAUCAUGGAAGUCCGACAGCUGCCCUGGAGCGCCGGGGCCGAAGCCGACCCCCAGCCCGCCGCCCCGCCGGACCCCCGCCAGCCAGGGGUCGCCCCCAAGGCCCCGGACAAGCUGUCGCCCUCACAGGUGGCCAAGAUCAGCUUCUUCUUCUGCUUCGUGUGGUUUCUGGCCAACCUUUCUUACCAAGAGGCCCUUUCCGACUCUCAGGUCGCCCUCGUUAACAUCUUGUCUUCCACUUCGGGCCUCUUUACCCUCCUCCUGGCCGCGAUCUUCCCCAGCAACGCCGGAGACAGGUUCACGCUCUCCAAACUGCUCGCCGUCCUCUUAAGCAUCGGCGGCGUCGUCCUGGUCGACCUGGCCGGCCCGGACUCCUCGCCGAAAAAGGACGCCCUCGGGUCGGCGUGGUCCCUGGCCGGGGCGGCCCUCUACGCCGUCUACAUCGUCAUGAUUAAGAGGAAGGUGGAGCGCGAAGACAGGCUGGACAUCGCCAUGUUCUUCGGAUUCGUCGGACUGUUUAACCUCCUCCUGCUGUGGCCCGGUUUCUUCGUCUUCCACUACGCCGGAUGGGAGGCCUUCGAGCUCCCCAGUAGGCUGGUGUGGUUCUACAUCUUCCUCAACGGGCUGGUCGGGACGGUCCUCUCCGAGUUCCUGUGGCUGUGGGGCUGCUUCCUCACGUCCUCGCUGAUCGGCACCCUGGCCAUCAGCCUCACCAUCCCCCUGUCCGUCAUCGCCGACAUGUGCGUCCGAAAGGUGCAGUUUUCCUGGCUGUUCCUGGCAGGGUCGGUGCCGGUUUUCCUCUCCUUCGUGACGGUCACCCUGUUGUGCCACUACAAUAACUGGGAUCCGGUGACGGUGGGCAUCCGAAGGGUCUUCGCCUUCAUCUGUCGGAAGCACCGGAUUCAGAGAUUCUCCGAAGACGGCGAGCACUGUCAGAGCCUCAUCCCUCUGCACGACACCCAGCCGGAAGAUGAGACCGGCUGCUCCUCGUGAUCCGCGCUCAGUACAGUGCCCCGCCCGCGUGACCCACGACCCGGAAGAAGCCACCGGCGAGGACGUCCCCGGGUCGUCUCCCACGCCGUCCCUCGGCCCGGCCCCGGACGGAGACCCCGACCCCCGGGAAGAGCCGACCUCCGGCGACCUCUCCGGGGAAAGGCCCCGGAUCUCAACUUGGGAUUCCCCGAAGCCCUCGACGGGACGUUGGUUUUCCCCUCCUGCCCCGCCUGCCGUCGAGGGGGCCGUCGCCGCCUCUGACCUCCGACCCCGGAGCGGGCCGCACCGCCGCCCGACGGGCCCGAGAUCCGUCCCGGCGUCGGCCCCCCCCGACCGUCCGCCAGCUGCCCGGAGCGGGAUCGGGAUCCGCCGCGCGCUCCGGGGCCGGGCCGGAGAGGGGGAGUCCACACGGUUGUCUUUCCUGGGGCCCGACGGGUCUUCCCGGAGCCGCCGAGGGUCCCGGCUGGCGAUGGCGGGAGUCGGAGCCGAAACGUCGCUCUCCGCGGUCUCUCUACGCCGGGGAGGGUUUUCCGGGACGGGAUCGACGGCGGGAUGGAGCCCCGGGGGAAUAAACGGCCAGAGAAACGUGA